GCGAAGAAUAUCCGAAGUUCGUCUGUGUUGGCAUGUUGGGGUUAUGAGAUUUACGAAGUUUCAUACGACACAAUAAGAGCGACAGAGCGCGCCAAUGGGAGGAACGCGGAAUUCGACACGGGCUGGCAACGCCGAACUGGGUAGUCAUCACCCACCAACGAGGCAACGACGGCUUGUGUUCCGUAGUCAGGGCCAAUGAAAGUGAACUCUGUUGGGUGCUUCGUUCGACCCCGGUGCCCCGGAGGGUUGUUCGACCGCUUUAGCAAAGAAGUCCCGUUUCAUGAUAGCUGGCCCUUUCUGUACUCCGUACUCCGUAAUCAUGUAAUCAUUGUUUGCCAAGAGCGCUGUGGUUCGGGGCCUUGCACGGCCAGUGCCCAAGAGGGCAGGUCAGCGGCGGUUGAGGAGUCCUGCGAGGCUCCGAAUGGGACAGGAGUUCGGGGGGUUAGUUGGGGAUGGGGUUUGCACUGUCCAUGUCGGGAGAUGCGCCGUAGAGCCGCGGUAGAGGUCGCUCGUUCAAACGCCUUUGGUGGGGUGGUUGCGAACGCAUCGUCUUGUCUCCAUCCUUUCGCACGGCAAGAAAAGCUCCCCAGCUAUUGUGGUGUGUCGACAAUCGACAACGACGACGACGACAACUAUACGUAUCCGUACAUAUGCAGACGACGACGAGGGCGGCGACGACCGACGGGCAGUGCGGCACUGGCAGCGCGUGGCUUCCCCGGUAGACGAGUUGAAUUACGGUCAGGGGUUAUGGAAAUAGAACCGAGCAGAGAGACGUUAUUGACGCGCUGUAUCCGUGCAUGGCAAUGUCACUAGGCGACUAGGAUGCAGAUGGGAGACUCUGCUCCGAGCCUCUGAUUGCAGAAACCAUGCUCAUGGUGUCUCCCUGUCAGAGGGCUGUGAUGUCCCGCGCCGUCACCCGUUGCGUACGACUAUAUGCAACCUGAGAAGUAAAUUGGCGAUCAAGGGCGAAGUUGGGUGUGUUGGGUCCGAAUUCUUGUUUCUCUUCCCUGCGUACCGGUGUGACGAAGAACUAAAUUCCCCAGUGUUCUCUCUUAAUUUUUCGGGUUCAAUGGAGCUCGUACGUUGGGCACCACUGUCGAUUGGACCGGCGGACGGUGGAUAUUGAGGGAGUUGAAACUUGCAACGGGGUUCCUCCCAGGGAAGUUUGGAUGGGCGUUGAGAGGCGAGCGGGAGGGCCCGCGGCGCCGGACCGGGGGGUC